AUGUACACCAUGCAGGAUCCACACCUGAAGAGUCGUGCUCCAUCUAAACCAGUUGGACAGCUGAAAUGUUUCCCAGAAAAGUGCUUUGGAAGUGAAUUGUUAUCCACAGAUAGUGAGAGUUUAUACUUACUAGUGUUUUCAAAGUAUUUAUCUGUUGCACAAGCUGCAGGGGAGUUUCUUUUACUUGUAUUUGAGGAACAGAAGAAAAAAGAUAAUUCAAGCCUUUUGGAAAAUAUUAUUUGUUUCUUCUCUGAGGCUGGGUAUCCUGAUCAUGCCAGAUGCCUGGUGGAUGCAUUAUGGGAUAAUUGCGAUGAGCUGAGAAAUUGGCCCGAAAUGUCCAGACUUGGAAUGGUGCAGAAUGACACUGGCAACCUGCCAGCAGUAAAAAUUAUUGUAAGCUGCAUAGAGUGUGCAGUUUCUGGUAAAUCAGUGACAGGCAAUGCAAAAUUAGGGCAAAAAAAGAGACAACAAUUGGAGAAAAUGAAAGAAGAAUUUGAACAUAACAGACAAAAUAUAACAGAACAAUUCCUUACAUCACUUCCUGAAAUGAUGCUUUCUAACAUCUGUGAUGUAGAUUCCAUAAAGUGGUUAUUGACCAUUCCUCCUCAUUUCAAAAUGGAAAUGUUCGGCAUGCCACAGUUUCAAGAGAGUGAAGCUGAAGAGGAAUGUAUUGUGUCCAAGGAUGCAGACAGUGAUAGAGUACAAACAAACUACGGAGAUGAACCCCAGGCACCUGCAGUUGAUGAUGAUGAUGCAGCUAGUGAAAAGCUCAAUACACUUUUGAGAGUCAUCAAAAAAAUCUUUGUUCGAUAUGCAGAUGAGGAGGUUGUGGAUGGCUGUACAAAUGUUUUCAAAUUUUUCCAUAAGGAAGAUGCUCCCACAUUCAACACAACUGAUAUUCUAUUGAAUAUUUUGGCUGAGAAGACAAUCAAGCACUACAAGAAGAGCAUAAUUCGAUGGUGUCAGAUGGACCAAGUGUUGGUUCUGCUUGCGAAGAUAUGCUUUUUCGAAUUGAUGUGGCGGCUCAAGAAACUAAAGGAUCAACAUGAGGAUGCAGAAGAAAGUGUCAGAUGUUUAGCAGAAGAUGUACAAACAUAUUUUCAGGUUCUAAGAACUAUUUUGACAACAGAUAAAAUGGAUAUUAAAGUAUCGGUAAAAGAUGAGAUUUUUUUAAUUCUGUGUGAUUUCCUACAUGCAUUUGGGGCAAAAGCUACAAGGGCUCAUGGAUUUGCUGUACUUACUUGUGCACCUGACAGUCAACUCCAGUCUGACAUCAACCGCCUUAUUCAGGAGAGAUUGUUGGCAGAUGAGGAUUCGUUUAAUGAAACGUCUGGUGAUGACCAACUAAAAAUGAGAUCAAAUAUGUGUAAAAUGAUUUUAGCUGGAUAUUGCAAAUUAAUAAUUUAUGAUGUUUUACCUUUGACACCAGUUCCAUAUCUACUUUUGUACUACUGUAAAGGAUUGAAUGUUUUAGUGAAAGACAGUUAA